AUGGGAAAUCUAUUUCGAAAACCUAAUGUAGUUUAUAAAACUUUAACUGAAGAACUUCUUAUACAUUGUCGUACUAUAACUGGUUUUAGUGAUGAAGAAAUUAAUGCUGAACAUACAAAGUUUUUCUCUGUAACUAUUGAUGGUCGUUUAAGAAAAUCUCAAAUGGAAAUAUUAUUAGGUGAUUAUUUACCAAUGACAAAACGUAAAAAUUCCAAAUAUUUAACUGAUUGUGUUUUUUCGGCAAUUGAUACAAAUAAUGAUGGUUAUAUUGAUUUUCUUGAAUAUUUAAUGAGUAUAAAAUUCUUUCAAACUGAAUCACCAGUUGAAAAAGCUGAUUUUGUAUUUCGUAUUAUCGAUAAAAAUGGUGAUAAUCAUGUUACACAAAAAGAACUUGAACGUAUACUUAAAUGCUUACAAGGUUAUCACCAAUCAUUAGCAAAUAUUAAUAUUACAGAUCUUAUUAAUGAUGGUCCUAAACCAGCAGCUAAUGCAAUUGUUGAAAAAUUAGAUGAAGAUAAAUCAGGUGUUAUCAAUGUAUCAGAGUUUGUUGAUGCUUGGCUUAAAGAUGAAACUAUUCGAGCUUUAUUUACUUUCUAA